AUGAACAGGGUUAGCAAGUUAUGGCAUUCAUACAAGAGACACCGAGUCCAUGGUGAUACAGGAUUUAAAAUCAGAAAUGCAAUUCAUCGGGUUACGGAAGUUCUGUAUCCCUAUAUCAAGGUAGUAAUUCCUAAUUUCAGAGCGGCCCAUUAUGCUUAUAUUUUAUUUAUGACAUUUCUUGGGUCGGUGAUCUUCUUUCCUAUUCGAAAUGUUAGAUACAUUGAUGCAUUGUUUUUUACAGGAUGUGCAAGUACGCAAGCAGGGCUUAAUACUGUGGAUUUAAACAAAGUGGCAUUAUACCAGCAAAUUCUAAUCUAUAUCAUUACGACUCUUACCACUCCAAUAUUCAUACAUGGUUCGUUAUUGUUUAUAAGAUUAUAUUGGUUUGAAAGGCAUUUUGACAACAUUAAGGAACGAUCAAAAUUAAAUAACAAGAUGAGACGAAACGCGACCUUGGCGGCUAGAACACAAUCUCUAGAUGCAACGAGGUUAAAUACCGAGGUGAAUAGAGGAUUGGGGUUUAAUAACACUCAAAACCUGGGUCGAGAACCUGCAGCUGAUGCAGUAAAUUUUCCACCUAAUUCCAAUUCUUCUACCCUGUCUGGGAGCAAAAAUUCGAGCGCACCUCAAAAUCCGAGUGCCAGCUUAGACAAUGUUGAUCAUAUAAGUGAACCAAGUGACUCAGAUGUAUCAUCUGGAGUAGCUCCAGAUGAUAGGAAAGGUCCAAAUGGGAUGAAGCGACCAGUAAGUCCCUCCAGGUCACUUGAUGGUAUUCGAUUUGGUAAUUUGCCUCAGCCAUCAAAAAUACGUCAGAAAGAAAUUGAACCUUCCGAUAUGUACAUGUCUAUUGCUAUGCUUCAAGAUAAUCAUAAAUCGGAAGGUAAGGAUACUGGAGAUGAGGACGAUGUUUUAAUUAUCAAGUCACCUAAUGAAAUUGAGAAAGACAGUCAAAAUCCUAUUUAUACUAAGAAGUCCCAAAUCCAUUUCAAUGUGAAUGAUAAGCCAAUUAAAAAAUGGAAGAAAAAGCGGAGGUUUUCUAGAGGAAGACAACCGUGGUCAAAGUUGAAAAAGACAUUUUCCAAUAGUGGAGUAAGCCCCCGCAAACACGUUCGAAGUUUAUCAUUUACUCUGUUGAGCAAUGAAGAUGAUGAUCAAUCUAUUGAUUCUGAAACCAAUAAUAGGGCAACUGAUACAGAUGUUGAUGACGAUAAUGCAGUAAUUGACGAUGACGACGACGAUGAUGAUGGCGAUGAUGAAGAUGAAGAUGAAGACGACGAAGAUGAAGACGAUGAAGACGAAGAUGAAGACGACGAAGAUGAAGAUGAAGAUUAUCACGAUAGGCAAAGUCGCGAUGAUGAUAAUCUUGAUAUUGAACGAGCACAAUCUAAUUUAGUAAUUCCUUCUUCAGACGCUACAGGUGGAAAAAAGUUCACUAAAAGAUCCAACACAUUGGACGUCACUCCAGGAGAAGCUAAUUCAUUUCCCCAUUCACCAACUUUUGAAAGAAUGAUAAAAAGCAAAAUAAAGAAGAAGCCAAAGCAAACAAAGAAACAUAAAUUGAAAUACAUGAAAUCGCCAAGGGUAGGAAUAAGUUCCACGGUGUUUUCUCCAAAUUAUAAUAACGAUUCAGACUAUGAUGAUUCUGACGAUACUGACAACUCUGAUGAUGAGGAAGAUGGAAAGUCACUUCUGAAAGUAAUGAGUACAAAUUAUUUAUCAUGGGUUCCUACUGUCGGAAGAAAUUCGACAUUUGUACAUCUAAGUGAUGAACAAAAGGAAGAAUUAGGCGGUGUUGAGUAUAGAGCAAUCAAAUUACUUAUCAAGAUUAUUGUAAUCUAUUAUGUGGGAUUUCAUAUCUUAGCGUUUACCUGCUUAUUACCAUAUAUUUUAUACCAACCAGGAUAUAAAGCCGAUGUAACUGAGGUAGGUGUGACACCAACCUGGUGGGCAUUUUUCACUGCCCAAUCAGCAUUUAAUGAUUUGGGGCUUACCUUAACGCCAAAUUCUAUGCAAAGUUUUGAUAAAUCUGUUUAUGUUAUGGUUAUCAUGGCUUUUUUCAUUGUUAUUGGAAACACCGGAUUUCCAGUCAUGUUGAGAUUUAUUAUUUGGAUUUUAUUCAAAUUGUCGAAGCCCAUGUCAUUAUUUAAUGAAUCAUUAGGCUUUUUAUUGGAUCACCCAAGAAGAUGUUUCACCCUUUUAUUUCCCUCUGUCCCAACUUGGUGGUUAUUUAUCAUUCUUGUCGUAUUAAAUGCAGUUGAUUUGAUUUUAUUUAUUGUUCUCGAUUUAAACAAUAAAUAUUUGGAAAGCAUUCCUAUAGGCUACCGAGUUAUGGACGGAUUAUUCCAAGCAUUUAGUACAAGAACUGCGGGCUUUGCAGUAAUUGAUUUGUCAGAAUUACAUCCUGCAAUCCAGGUAAGUUACAUGUUGAUGAUGUAUAUCUCUGUUUUGCCAUUAGCCAUAUCUAUCAGAAGAACCAAUGUCUACGAAGAACAAUCGUUAGGUGUAUAUUUAAAAAACGACGAAGAAACUGAACCUGAUGACAAAACUCCUAGAAAUUUUAUAGGAACCCAUUUAAGAAAUCAAUUAUCCUUUGAUUUAUGGUUCAUUUUUUUGGGACUUUUCAUAAUUUGCAUUGCAGAAGGUCCAAAACUUAACAAGAACAAUUAUAGGUUCUCGGUUUUCACUAUAUUAUUCGAAAUUAUUAGUGCAUAUGGUACUGUUGGUUUAUCAUUGGGUUAUCCUGGUGUCAAUGUUUCAUUAUCGGGAGAAUUCACCGUAUUAUCUAAAUUAGUAAUGAUUGCGAUGGUGAUCAGAGGCAGACAUAGAGGCUUACCUUACGCAUUAGAUAGAGCUAUCAUGUUACCAGAUGACAAUAUGCAAAAGCGUGAUAUUGUUCAAGAGAGUCAUGCGAUAAGAAGGCAUCAAACAAUAGAGACAGUAAAUAGUACAGAUGAUGGAAAUGCAUUUAGAAGAGCAUUUACCAGAAGGGCUUCAAGCUUUGGUUUUGACAAUAACAACUUUUUGGGAAAAAGAAAAUCAUCAGUUAGGUCGACUAAACCUCGACCAGAGACUGAUCAUUACGUUGUUGCUACUGAAUCCCACGAAAUGGAAGACUUAGCAUAA